AUGAAUAAGCAGCAGGUGCUUGUGGUAGCAGUGUUGCCAAUGUCGCUGGAACUGGUGUUGGCCUCCUUGGAUGUAGUCCAUAAAUGUUGUUCGUCCGAUCGAAUGACGGACUGUAAAAGCUUUCGGAUGGGUUGUUCGCAUAUUCGAGUGAAGAUACAGGAGAGACUUGUUGGGCGAAGUUCGGUGCUAUUGGCUGUUGCGAUGGCUCCUGUGGCAAUUCGUACGUUCGAAGGUAAUUUCCGCGGUCGACAAGUGGUGCUGUAUUAA